AUGCCAAGUUAUACCGGACCUGCACUUGUGUCACCCGAGAAACCUUCGAGGAACACCACUGCUCGAGUUCUCCCUGACCAGUCACGGCUGACGCAGACCAAAAUCACCUUUGACAACAGUACAAGACCAUUUGUGGAUGCUCAGUCUGUGGACGUGGGCAAUCUCGGUGCUCCUCCUCGGCAUUCGAACCUAAAGCGGAAGACGCCCGAUGAGGUUGAUGAUGAACCCUUCAAGACUGGAAGCAGGGUAUCGAACCAGAAUGUCGGCGAAGCUGAUUAUACUUUCGUCAAGAGCUACGAUACACAUGCACAACCAUCCGGCGGCUUUGACACAGAGAUCUUCUCAUGGCAAUACCAGGACGACGACUUGGAAGCUUAUCUCGACGACGACAAUGAGAUAGACGAUGAAGGCAUUGAUUCAGAUGAGAAUGAGCUAGCAUUUAUGGACAAAUAUGAACCAGUCUUUGCCAACAGUCCACUGGAAUGGAUCUUCCGAUCCACUCCGCCGGACGAUGUUUCUUCUGGAGAUUUCAAUGAAUGUCGUCAAAGGUACAGAGAGCGAAUCAGCAUCAUUGUCAAAGAACUCUCAGAGCACAUGAACGUCUUCAGCCAACUCGUCAAAGAGGGCAGGAUCAACUUCCCUGACAAUGUAUUCAGUAUUGGAUUUUGGGCUCAAGCUCACCGGAUUCCCAACCACAUCAUUGUUGACAAGCUUAUACAAGCAACGCCUCCUAUUGUGCAGUGGCUUCUCGGUAGGCAUCAUAUCGACUCCAAUUUAAUUCGAGAGAAAGCUCCCAAAAUAUCCAAUUCGAUGUCCGGAAUUCGUGGUUGCUAUGGCGACUUUGGUUCCAAUGGCUAUGAAGAUGCGGAUUAUGUCGGCAGCACAGGAGAUAUGGUCUACAGGGCUAAAACCCACCAGUCAAUCAUCAGAAAGCUAUCCAAGUUCAAUAGCACCUCUUCGAAAACAGCAAAACACUAUCGCGUUCUACAACAGGAUGGCUAG